ACUUGCAAGUUGCAAAAUGUAUUAAUUUUCUGGUGUGUAUAGAUAUUUAGGAAUAAAAACAUUAAAAAUGACUGAGUCCAGCUUCAAAAACUACUUGCAUAGUUCAAUACACCACCCCACCUUAAGAGCAUGGAAUUCAAUACCUUCAACAUUAAAUGCAGAUAACUUCAUGUAUCCUGUCUUUAUCACUGAUACCAGUGAUGCCGCUUAUGAACCAAUUCCAUCUUUACCUGAGCAAGCAAGGCAUGGUGUGGACCAUUUAGUAAAGUAUCUGGCACCACUGGUUCAAGGGAAAGACUGCCUGCCAUUAAAAGCUGUUUUGGUGUUUGGGGUCCCAACCCAGAUAAAGAAGGAUGGUUGUGGUAGUGCAGCUGAUGAUGAAAUGGGACCCGUUAUACGAGGAAUUAAAAAACUUAGAAAAGCUUUUCCUAAUUUGCUUGUUGCUGCAGAUGUAUGUUUGUGUGCGUAUACAGAUCAUGGUCACUGUGGGAUUUUGAAUGAAAAUGGGACAAUUAACAAUCCACCAAGUAUUAAAAGAUUAGCGGAAGUAGCUGUGAAUUACGCCAAAGCUGGAGCUCAUGUUGUCGCACCGAGUGAUAUGAUGGAUUGUAGGAUUAAAGCAAUAAAACAUGGACUACAUGAAGCUGGUUUAGCUGGCUGUACCACUGUUCUAAGCUACAGUGCAAAGUUUUCCUCCUGUUUUUACGGCCCUUUCCGUGACGCUGCUCAAUCCGCACCAAGUUUUGGUGAUCGUAAAUGUUACCAACUUCCUCCAGGUUCGAGGGGCCUUGCUAUUCGUGCAGCUGAUCGGGAUGUACAAGAAGGUGCUGAUAUGCUAAUGGUCAAACCUGGCAUGCCAUACUUAGACAUCAUCUUUGAAAUCAAGCAGAAAUAUCCCCACCACACGAUGGCAGCAUACCAUGUAUCUGGGGAGUAUGCAAUGUUAUGCCAUGGGGCCAGUAAUGGGGCUCUGGAUCUAAAAUCUGCAGUUUUGGAAAGCUUUUCUUCACUGAGAAGAGCGGGAACAGAUGUGAUAAUCACCUAUUUCACCCCAAGAGUUCUGAAAUGGUUAAAAGAAUGAAUUUUGCUCGAAAAAUGUAAGCUUUCAUUUAUACCAAUAUUUGCCUAUGCAAUUUCAUUCGACUGGAUUAAGUUUUACGUAAAAAAGUAAGCCUUGUUUUACAGUUUAUCCUAAUAAAAGUUCUAAAAUAGUU